UCACGGCAGCGGAGAGGGGCCGGGGCACAGGGCUCGUGUCGUACCCUUACCGAGAGCUCCGACCGGGAACCUGGAUAUCGCCACAGCUUUCACCAGCCUCGUCCCGGAAAAAUGAUUUCUGAAAGCAGCUCCUUCAUCAAGGGUGUGCUGCUUGGAGGAGUUUUCUGCAUGUUGGUUACGCUCCUUGGACACAUUAAGGUGGGCCAUGGGACCAAAGCGCAUCACCACGAGCAUCAUCACAUCCAGGCUCCCAACAAGGAAGAUGUCUUAAACCUCUCAGAAGGGGAACGUGUGGAGCUUAGUAAAAACAUCAAUGUGUACUGUAUCAUCCUUGUCAAACCAAAAGAUCUGGGGCACUGGGCUGCAGCAAGGGAGACCUGGAGCAAGCACUGUGACAAGGCAGAAUUCUACAGCUCAGAAAAGGUCAAAGUGUUCGAUUCUGUGGCCGUCAACACAAACGAUAUGUGGGCGAUGAUGCGCAAAGCUUACAAGAUCGCGUACGAACGCUAUAAGGAUGAAUUCAGCUGGUUCUUCCUUGCAUAUCCAACAACAUUUGCUAUAAUUGAAAAUCUUAAGUAUUUCUUACUGAAAAAAGACCCCUCUCAGCCUUUUUACAUAGGCCACACUGUGAAAUCUGGUGACCUUGAGUAUGUAGAUGGCGAGGGAGGGAUCGUCUUAAGCAUUGAGUCACUAAGACGCCUCUCCCGUGUUCUUGAAGACCCUGACAAGUGCCCAGAGCAGGGAGGUAUGAUUUGGAAACUGGCAGAGGACAAACAGCUGGCAAUCUGCCUGAAGUACGGCGGCGUGUUUGCCGAAAACGCCGAAGACUCCGAAGGGAAAGACGUCUUCAACACUAAAUCCGUGGGGGCGCUCAUCAAGGAGGCCAUGUCCACGCACCCGCAGCAGGUGGUGGACGGCUGCUGCUCCGACAUGGCCAUCACCUUCAGCGGGCUGGCCCCCAACCACAUGCACGUGAUGAUGUACGGCGUGUACCGGCUGCGGCCCUACGGCCACUCCUACAGCGACGCCCUGGUGUUCCUGCCCCCUCCGGGCUCCGACAAUGACUGACGGCGCCUCGGGGAAGGAGGAGCCCUGGGGUGGCUCUUCUCACAACACACAGUUGGACUGACACGUUCUGGUACUGGUGUACAGGUUCUUUUGCACAUUGAGGGUUGGGAAAGCUCUUCAUUUUAAAAGUGGAAGGAGGAUUUUUUUCUAAAUCUUUUAUAGAGAAAUGCUUUUGACAGUGCUGGAAUGAAAUUAUGAAAAGAAGAUGUUAAUGUUUAUUAUAAAAGGAAAUUAAGUUUAUAGGGGGGGGUUUGUACAUGUAAAUAUUUAUUAAUGAAAAUGAAAUGGACUUUAGUCUACUCUUAAAAAUAUAUUUUUGCAAGACUUUGAUUAUUUCAGUUCUUCCAGGCAUUUCUAGAAUGUCUUUAUACCUUUCUAAGUUGUACCAAUAAAACUGACUACAGAUUCAGUCUCAAA